AUGAAAUCUUUAGUAAUUCUUUGUGUUUUAGCCCUCGUGGGUUUGAGUAUCGCUCGAACCAACCCUUACCCUAAUGGAUGCAUUUACGUUGAGGGAAGAUGUCACAAAGGUUGUGAAGAUGGUACCCACGCGUACACAACAGGUUGCGGUUACCUGACUCCUGAACCUACCUGUGAGAACCCUGAACCCCAAGAAGAUACUAGGGGUAAGAUUUGUGACUACACAGCAUGUUACUGCAAUGCUCCAACUGUGAGGGACACCGUCAGCAAAAAAUGCGUGCCUUUGGAAGACUGCCCGAAAAAGCAGGAA